GGGAUUCCUUCUGAUGUAACACCGUGGACAAGUGGUGACAAUCAAAAUGGCGGUCUAAGCAAGAAUGACAACAAAAACAUCCAAAUCCCUCGACCUAGCUCACAAGAUACUCACCCGAUCUCUAUGAAUAACGAAGUACAACCAUCCUUCAAACUACCAUCUAACCAAGAGAUAUGAAACAUGGAGACAUUCGUUGGAUUGUUCGGGAAUUCGACUAGAAAUGGCUCCACAGAUGAGUCGAGCAGCUUAGAGCCGAUGCCACAGAGCCUUCCACCUGAGGUCGAAGAGGGGAACGUUGAGUACAAGUUGAAGCUGGUAAACCCAUCGGAUAGCAGAUUGAUUCAUCUUACCACACAAAUGAAAUGGAGGCUACAAGAAGGGCAAGGAGAGGCGAUUUACGAGAUCGGUGUGGAAGACAAUGGUCUGGUCAUUGGGUUACCUGAGAAAGAACUUCAAUCUUCAUUAAAGACCUUGGAACUUAUGGCGUCAAAACUUGGGGCAUCAACAAGUAUAUUACGCCAUCAGUAUGUUGACAUUGUUGAUGACUGUCCAUCCAGACAAGUAGCAGAGGUGUUAGUGAGACAAGUUCCAGAUGACCAACAGUUUAUCGAUAUUCGAAUGGCAGUCCUUGGUAAUGUCGACACAGGCAAGAGCACUCUGCUAGGUGUCUUGACACAUGAUGAGCUGGACAAUGGUCAUGGCCGUGCCAGACUCAACCUGUUUAGACACUUGCAUGAGAUUCAAUCUGGAAGGACGUCGAGUAUCAGCCAUGAGAUUUUAGGGUUCAACAGCAAGGGAGAGGUCAUCAACUACAGCGAUUCCAGGUCAGCAGAAGACAUUUGUGAGCAGUCAAGCAAGUUGAUAACCUUUAUAGAUCUUGCUGGCCAUCACAAGUACAUGAAAACAACCAUCUUUGGUCUGACUGGCUACACACCAGACUUCGCCAUGCUUGUUAUUGCUGGAAAUUCAGGCAUUGUUGGUACAACUAGGGAGCACUUGGGAUUGGCCAUGGCUCUGCAUGUCCCAACAUUUGUAGUAAUCUCCAAGAUGGAUAUCUGUACACCGGCUAUGGUUCAAAGAACUGUCAGCAUUGUGGAAAGAAUCCUUAAAUCACCUGGUUGUAACAAGGUCCCAUUGAGAGUACAGGGUGAAGAUGACGCUGUUGUUGCUGCACAGAACUUUGCUUCACACCAAAUUACACCAAUAUUCACAGUCUCUUGUGUCACGGGAGAAAAUCUAGAUCUACUAAAAAAAUUUCUUAACAUGUUACAACCGACUAAAACGAGUGCCGAUCAAGAAAGACUUGCUCAAGCCUUAACUCAAUACGAGAUUGAUGAGACUUUCAAUGUUCCUGGUACAGGGCCUGUCGUGUUGGGAACUUUAAAAAGUGGAAUCAUUCGUGAGGGAGAUAAGCUUGUGAUUGGUCCGCUCUGCUCAGGGGAAUUUGAAACUGUGCAAGUUGCGUCACUCAAGAGGAACAGAGCGUCUUGUCGGGUGGUACGAGCUGGCCAAUCAGCUUCCGUGGCGUUGAAGGGUAUUGAAAGACACAUGCUUCGUAGGGGAAUGGUAAUGGCCGACCCCAAAGUCAAUCCUCGCGCAUGUGUAAUCUUCUGGGCAGAAGUCUACUUACUGUUUCACCACGCUGCAAUAAAAAAGAGAUUCCAGGCUACAGUAUAUGUUGGAAACGUCAUUCAAAAUGCCAUAAUUAUAGACAUGAAUAAGGAAAAUCUGCGUACAGGACAACGUGCUAAAGUUAAAUUCGAGUUCGUCAAACAGCCAGAGUUCAUUCGAGAAGGUGCUCGUCUGCUUUUCCGAGAAGGACAUGCCAAAGGAAUAGGCCAGGUUGUGUCUGUUGUGUAUCAUAAUCCGGAGAGGAUUGAGAGAUAAUUGCAAUGAAGUACACGCGUAACGAGAACGAACGAGAUGCUAAUGGAUGGAUGGAUGGAUGGUAAAAGGAAUGUUUUAAAAGGGCUGUUUUUUUAGAAAACCUUUAAAAAUGCCCUUGAAAAGAAAGGUUUGACUUUAUUAGCACUGUUUUGCCUAAAGAAAAAGAUAUUUGGAAAAUAAUUUCAAAGCUUCGAUUUAGCAUACAUUGCGCAUGCGUCAAACGAAGGAACGGAAUCAGAGCUCCUCGGCGAGAAUGGAAAGGGAUUUUGAAUUGAGUGCUAAGACUGGUCAUAUGUAAAACACUUCGGAUAUGAAAGGAAGAAAGAAUAAUGAAGGGGAGAAAUUCAGUUCCUAUAGUUUUCUUUGCACUAGAUAUCGUUUUUUUUUUAAAUUCAAUGGCCGAGUGUUGGUCUGGGUAAUACUGUACCUGGCCUGGUGUGCGCGUCGUCGUAGGCACAGGAAGCCCAAGCUAGAAAAGCUUCUCAGUCUUUCGUAAGGGCGGGGCUUGCCUUUUACCACAGGUUUCCCAACCAUGUUGGUCAAGUGGUAAAGCCUUACAGUAGGUGAACCAAAUGCGUUAAAAUGGUUUACUUAAAUAAUUCAAUUUUAUACAUGUGUUUAGGGGGAAAGGUUGGCUUGUUUAUUUACAAGUUUAAUAUUAAAAAUAAUUUUUAGUUAUGUCUUAAAACGAAAUGCAAUUUUUGGCCGCAUUUUUAGAAUAACUGGUUCCAACUUGGUUAUUGUUUGUGUAAAUUAUUGAUUUUAACUAUAGUUUACUCCGGUUUAAAGGUAUUUAGCAAGUAAUUAAUGUAUGUUUGAAUUCCAGGUAAAAAGAUAUUAAAUAAUAUAUUUUUUACGAUCACAGAAAGAUAGUUCACCAAUUCAUAAUUAUAAAUAAAUAUUUUCGCUGCUUUCCUUGGUCUUUAAGGUUUAGUGUAGUUUAAUCACAAAGUAAAACUGCUUGCAAUGUUCUUGUCAUCCAUAGGCUUUUGUCAUUUAUUUUAAUUGUAAAAAGUUAUUUAUGAAAAUAGUUAAAAUAUCUUGUUGAAAUGCUAGUCAUAUUCAUAGUUUAGUGUUGAAGUUUUACGCCUUUGACUCAUUACUGUAAUAAGCGCAAAGUAUUCUGCUGACAAUAAAGCUUGCUGGUUUUAA